AAUGCAAAUCUCGACAAACUCAUCUAACUAUUUCCCUGGCAUGUUUACAACCAUGAAUUGUAUGAUUUGAUCUUAAUGUCAGCUGGUACUUGAGCUGACUGAUCAAUAUAAUUAGGAAAGCCAAACUACAAUGAAGAAAAAUCAGUGUCCUAACUCUUAUUAUGAGCAUAUAAAUAAUGGGUUUGAGAAGUAUUGGGACUUAAGUUCUUCAUUACUGAGAAACAGUGUCAAUCAUAGUAAAGUGCUUCGAAAUGGGAUUCUUGACCCCUCAUCAUCAGCUGGCUUUCAUAUUUGGUGUCUUGGGUAACAUUGUUUCAUUCUUGGUGUUCUUGGCACCAGUGCCAACCUUUUAUACAAUUUACAAGAAAAAAACUGCUGAAGGAUACCAACCAAUUCCUUAUAUGGUUGCACUUUCCAGCGCAAUGAUGUUACUGUACUAUGGUACGCUUAAGACGGACGCGAAUCUGAUCAUCAGCAUCAAUAGCAUAGGAUGUGCUACAGAAGUUAUCUAUUUGGUAUUAUACUUUAUAUAUGCACCUAAGAGGGAGAAGGUUUUUACAGUGAAAUGGAUAAUCAUAUUCAACCUUGGAGGCUAUUGCUUGAUCAUGGUACUCACCAAUUUAUUGAUAGAAAGGUCGAAACGUGUAACUGUUAUGGGAUGGAUCUGUGCUGUUUACAAUGUUGCCGUAUUUGCUUCUCCUUUAAGCAUCAUGAGGCAUGUCAUAAGGACAAAAAGUGUAGAACACAUGCCAUUUUUUCUUUCCUUUUUCCUCACAUUAUGCGCCACAAUGUGGUUCUUCUAUGGAAUUUUCCUAGAGGAUUUCUACAUUGCAUUGCCAAAUGUGUUGGGAUUUUUGUUUGGAAUAGCACAAAUGAUCCUCUAUGUCAUAUACAAGAAUCCAAACAAGGAUGUUGAAGUAACAGAAAAGCAGCAAAAAGGAGAUAUAGAGUUAAAUCUGAGCUCAGUGGAGGAUGUAAACCCAUGUUUGGCAGAUCAUCAACUGGGAAUCAAAGAAAUUACAGUAGUUACUGCUGAGAAGCCUGUUGAAUCAUACAAGAUUAAUGCAUGAUCAUGUCAAUGGAGAUUUUAUUUAUGGCAACCGCAUAUUCAAGCUUGAAAGACAAAGUUCAAGGGCGAGGAAUCAAAGAUAUGUUUCUUUUCUUGGGGGGAAAGUAGCAAAUUCUUUUCCCCUUUGUUUUUCUUUUCCUUUUUUGUUCUUCUCCCCAUGUAUUAAGUAUUAAUAAGGUCCUGUAGAACUAAGUGCCAUUGAUGUGGGAACAACUUAUAUGAGA